CCAUUACACAUUACACCUUGGAGAGUAAGACCGGGUUGUUAAAUGGUUCGCUGGAUAAUUGAACCAUCUCCAUGCUUGAACCAUAAUAUGCUUUAACCAUCGUUUCUAAGGUAUGCAAUUCUUAAAGUAAGGAGCUUUGAAUAGGGCCUUGAUGGACAACAUCAUAGGCAAACCAAUGGUGUAUUGUCAGAGGUUUCCAAGAAGUUUCUUGGAUAAGGAUAGGUGAACGUAUGCUGGGAAACAUUAUUUAUUGAAAAACCUUCGUUAAAAAUGGCGACUUCAAGCUGUCUCCUUACGUCUACAUCAUUCAUGAUCAUUUUCUUGGAGAUGGGAUCUCUGAAAUCGUUUGGUGUUUUAUUCAACCCUAUGAUGGAUUCUCUAGAGUGCAGUGCAGCUGAACUGGGGACUGUAAUCGGCAUGUCAAACAGUAUUGGUUUUAUCAUUGCACCAAUCACAGGAAAUCUUGCAAAGCGAUAUGGCAGCCGGGUGUGUGUAAUGACCGGAGGGUUCUUGCUUUUUGUAGGAUACCUUGCCAGUGCGUUCACUUGGAACAUCUUCCAGUUAACCAUUACAUUGGGAAUAACAACAGGUGUUGGUAUGGGCCUUACAUACGUACCACAGACAGUAGCACUGGUAUCGUCACCGUCCGAGCAUUUUCCGGUCAUGUACGCCAUAGCACUUCUAGGUGGGUCAUUUGGUGUUAUGGCGUGCCCUCCUGUAGUCGAUUUUCUUCUCGGAGUCUAUGGCUGGCGUGGAACCUUGAUGAUCAUGUCUGCUGUUAUGUUCCACGUGUCUGUGUUUGGUGCACUGAAUGGUCAACACGUCCAUACGUAUUCAAAGUUAAAUACAACAGACACUGAUCAAGUAUCAAAUGACAAGAAUGAGCCCGGCUUUCGUAAUCGGCUGAAGGGAGUUGCUUCCUGGCUUUCUUCGAAUAUCCUCGCUGAGAAACCAACGCUACUUCUUCAACUCGGUAUUUCUUUACUACAAGGCAUAUCUUCUGUUGCUUGGAUGGUAUUUCUAGUACCUCAUGCAGUAUCAAGAGGUAUAACUCUCUCUGCAGCAGCUCUGCUUUCUACUGGAGGUGGUGUUGGAAACCUUGUUGGAAGACUCCUUAAUAUUCCUCUGCAGGGCUACAAUGUCAUCAGUGCAUUUUGGUUCUUUGUGUUAAUGUGUCUUAUAAACUCCGCGGCAAUGUUCAUGGAUUCAUUUGCCCAAGAUAAUUAUGUGGUCCUGAUGUGUUUGGCUUGUGUCAACGGGGGCGCCAUUGGACUACUAAACAUUCUAGGGACGUUAGUGGUGAAAGAAACGUACGACAAAAGUUUUCUCGUUGAUUUCUAUAUUUUAAGUAACUGCCUCUACGGGCUUGGAGAAAUCAGUGGGAGUUUUGCAGCAGGGUUGCUUUACGACCUGACACGAAGUUACGACCUAGCCUUCGUCGGGCUUGGAAUUGUCAACAUUGUAAUGAUGGUACUCAUGCUGGUGGACGGCGUUAUUCAGCGAUGAUUUUGCCACCAUUUAUUAACAAUUUGCUCAAAAUGCUUUUUGCCCUCACUAAGGUUUGCUUUGAGAGUUUUUAAGUCACAAAUUUUGUUCCCGAUUUUGAACGUAGUCAUCGUUAAUGUUGUAUUCCACGUCGUUGACAGAAAUAUUUUGUAGAUGCCAACACAAGCCAAAACGUUGUUGUAUUACAUGAUAAAUUAAAAAGCCUAUCCGGAAACCCUGAACCGUAACUUCCCCGAGAAAGAGUACCAACCACUAUAUCGUCGCACGAAAAAAAAAAACUUGCUCUAUUACAAUACCUUCCCCGACUGUAGUUAGCUCUCGAAUAAUCGACACCAACCCUAAAACAUCGAUUCAAGUUAAUUUGAAAACAAAUCCAUGGUCUGGUCUGAAGAUUGAAGUCGUCCAUAAAAUAACUGCAUGGCGUGUGAGCCCGGCAAGCUUUCCAUACCACGUUAACCAAUCAAACGUCUACAAAAGAUUGUUUCUAACAGGAUAUACACCAACAACCAGAACUCACAUGACUACAGGCACAAAUUAAAAACUAAUUCCAAGUAUUUAACAAAAAGUCAUUCAAAUUACUUUCACUUGGGUACAUAGACCUAAUAAUAAUAAAAAUUGUGGCUUCUUAUAUAGCGCACAUGUCCGUCACUUGGUGACGCUCCUGGCGCUGUAAC